AUGGCUGCUACCAAGAUGAUCGCCGUGAGGUUGUCGCAUGCAGCUAACCCAAUAAACCUGUAUAGUAUAACCAAACCCUCCCCUGUCGAAGAUAUUCAGCAGAAACGACGCACACAUCUACUGCAGGCAUGUGAGCGUUUGAACUCCAAUCAGCAUCUAGUCAACUUUGAUCAUCUGGGCGUCGACACCUUAAAGAAAAUGAACCACAUCUUUGUGUUAGAUAAAUUAAAGAUUCUUUACUGCUAUAUACCCAAGGCUGGUUGUACAACGAUGAAGAAAAUACUUCUCGUGCUAAAUGGGAAUAUCAAGACAACCAACAUCGAACACGAAACGGUUCAUAAACUUGCCGACACGCACUUUCCGUUAUUGCGUAAAUACAGUCUGGAAGAUGCAAAAGUUAGACUUAAAACGUACCGUAAACUAAUAUUUGUACGCGAGCCGUUUUCACGGAUUCUGUCAGCAUAUCGGGACAAGCUUGAUUUAAAUGGAUCCUGUAGGAAUAAAUAUUGGUCUCGUAAAAUAAACGAACAUGCAAACGAAGAAGUUACAAGAGAUAAUGAUUUUAACUUGACAUUUGUUAAUUUCGUUCAAUACCUUGGUAAUUUAUCUAAUAAACUCAAUAUUCCAAAGGAAGAACAUUGGAGAGAGUUCCAUCGUCUGUGCUAUCCAUGUCAUGUGCCUUACGAUUUCAUUGGACAUUUUGAAACCUUCUGCGAAGACGUGCGCGAAGGUGUUCAGAAAAUUGUCGAUGGUGUUGAAAUAGAUAUUCCCCAGUCAUCAAAUCCUACUAAAAGCAGUUACUCGGGGAUGCUGUCAAAAUACUAUUCACAAGUUAGUUCGACGCAGUUACAAUCGCUCUACAAGAGGCUGGAGACGGAUAUUGAAAUAUUCAACUACCAAGUCCCAACCUUUAUUGCUGACCGUAUUAACACUUCCGUCUCCCGUAGAUAAAGGAUGUUUAUAAUUUAACUUCAAAUUUAAGGGCAUAUUUUUUGUGUGUUCACCUCGCUAAUCAUGCUAAUUGUCGGAAUUUCGCCUGAUAUGAUUUAACAAUUGUAUUAUAUUUAUUAAUAUAAAUCAAGGUUUUGUUGUGUAAAUGCUAGUGGUAUAAAUUAACAUAAUGAACUAAUUUUAUCUGAUGUAAAUUGAAGAAUUCACUAUCAGAAUUGCUAAUUGGUACACCGCCCGUCUAAAUAACGCUAGGCCAUGGCUUCGACCCACGGCCGACUCAAAUGUCCAGUUUUUUAUUUCGAAGGUUCGUAAUUCUAAAACACGUAAAUUGUCUAUAUUGCCCAUACCUCGAUGUUUAUUGGUAGAAAACGAUUAAUUGUUACUGAAACAAGCAAUAGUACUGUGAUAACGCUGUGUUCCCGCUUUACACUUAAACAAAUUAAGAGGAGCAGCUGCUGUAUACACUAGAAAUAAAUUGCACUGAUUGAAAUUAUGUAUAAUUAAUUAUAUAAUUCAUGUUGUACAAAAUAAUCCGCCCUGUCACAAGCAAUUAUUUUUUGUCGGCAGUAAAGCAAAAAAAUAUUAAUUUUACAAAGUAAAAUGUUAACAGGACAAACGUAAAACAUCGGUGUUAUCCUGAAAGUUGUGUUUAAUCAGAGUAAUCAGAUGUAAAAGGUAAUAAGUUACCAUUUUGGCCUUGUGAUGGCAGUAUUACUGAUUUGUAUGAUAGAAACCUAUGUAUUCAAAUAAUUCAAAUAGGUAGGGUUAUAAUGUAUUCAUUUCUUGCAGGUCCUUUUGUUGUAUCGGUCCCAUGUUUUCGUAACAGGUGGAAUAAACACUUUAAAUUCCAAGACCCACACGAGGUCUAUUAAUUGUACACACCUAAUUGCUGUGCACAGAGAGUAGGAGCAGUUUCAUUUUUUUACUCUUUGAAAGAAGUUGUGCUCUGAAGAGCAAGGAAGAAAUGACAAUCAUUUUCUUAUCAAUUCGGAUAAAGUAUUCCCUCCACAAUGGUGGCGAGUCUAUUUAAUAUUUCAGCUAUAAAAAAAAUCUGAUUCUUCAAUAUAGAAAGUUAUGUUGGUUUGGAUUUUUGCUCCAGAUCUCGUUGUAAUAAUUUUUAUCAAUCAGAAGCCUGUUUUCUGUCAGAAACUUAGGCACACAAUUACUUUGUGAAUUUUAACAAUUUCCGGCAUAAAAUAAUUAUCACAAUCAUAUUGCAGUGAAGGAAUGUUGUAUAUCAGUAUUUUCCAGAAAUGAAUUUAUUUUUCUUUUUUGAUUGAUGCUUUUGUGCUGAUAAAUUAAUAUUAUCUAGAUAUUUUGUUAAUACUUAUUAGAUAAUUACAAAGACAUGUAUUCAUCAAAUGAUGUAUAAAACGAAUAUUUAAAAUGUAAAAAAAAAGGAUUUGCCAUUCGGAUAAUGGGAAUCUAUCAAUUUUCAAGGGUCCUUUGGUCAACCUGCAGUCCUGUUUCAGUUUUUCUCGAUGUCAUGCGAAAGGUCAAAAGCGCCUAAACUUCGGUGACGCCAUUCUACGAUAGACUUCGUGGAUUCCCGAUAACCCUCGACAUACGUCAUUCUACGUCAUCGUCAUCGGUUUUCGAGGCUGCCAUUUUCUCAUCAACGUCAUAUGGACUGCGUCCAAGAAAAAUCAGAGAAGUCCUUUCAUUUAACAACCUCUUAGCAGUGUCCGGACAAGUCAUUUUUUCUUCAAUCCUUUACCGAAUUAUUUAUUUUCCAUUCCAAAACUGAAAUUCUAUAUCGAUAAAAUCAAACUUAUUUUUUUCUUCUUCUUUUGAAAGUCAAUAUUAUUUAUAUGUAAAAUCAUGUUGCGUUGAUUGUUGAAACAACCAUGGAAACAAAUCGCAUUUGGAAGUGAAAUUAAAUAAAUGUAAUAAUUAACUUUAAACAAAAAUUAAUCUUGUGCAGAGCAAUUACUCAUGCGUACUUCGACUACAUUAUAGCUCUUUUCACUAAAAAAAAAGAUGCUUGGGGUAUGUGAGGUUAGUUAUGUGAUUUGGGGUGAUUGGUUACCAAAUCGCUAGGUAAACAAAAAUGCGGGUUGAUCCUGACAUGCCCUGAUAACACGGUAUUAACUCGUAAUAAUUUAUGUAACAGGUCAAAAAAUAUAAGUACAAGAGAGAGAGAGAGAGAGAUUUUUUAUGUGUAUGCAAAAAUGAUCUGUUGAGGAGGUAAAUGAAAGCAUUGAAGCAUUAUUUGUAUUAUCCCUGAAAGCAUUGUAUUUAAGUCAUCCCUUUCAAUCAAUAAAAACUUUGAGGAUAUCCCUUCAGGGAAGUUCUCCUUGACCUUGGGUCAGUGAGGGUGAUCUCACGAUAGUUUUCUCGAUAGCUAUCUUGACACAUGACCAAAUGAGAGGGAAAUAGACUGACCACCUCUUGCUAUGGGGAGGUCAAGAUUAUUUAGUUCUAUUUAGAUGAUCUAUUUGAAUGUGGUUUGAUUGGUCUUCAGACUGUCAAAAGCUGUGUAUUGGUGGCCGAACCAUUAAUUCGUCGACGAUGCUAUGUAUGUGUCUAGCGCAUGUGACUGCCAAUCUGCAUGUAGUUUUGUCCACCUUGAGAACUUAAGAGGGGGUUGAUCUAGUUUCAAAUUAAAUGCCACAUAAACUUGUAUACGACUGUGUCAUGCGUCAUUUGUACCUACUGUUACAAAAUGGCGUUGUGAGUAGGAUAGUGGUUUUGAGAGUAGAUGCCCGUUUUUGUAUUAGGAACCCCCUCUUGAAGACGUAACUGAUGCCUGAGGAUGUACCUGUUGUCUGAUGGAACUUGGUUGAUGCAGGAGAUCGACGUAGAGCGGAAUGUUAGACUUAUGCAUACGCUGGAUGUCAGAUGCGCAAACUGGACCGCUGCACAUCUUCCUAAGGGUAAUACAGUUAUUGAGAUAUAAACUUCCAAAGAACUUACUUGGUGGUACGACUCUUUCCCGCGUAGGUUCGAAUCCUACUCGCAACGCCAUUUUGUAACAGCAGGUACAAAUGACGCAUUAUACAGUCAUAUGCAAGUUUAUGUGGCAUUUAAUGUGAGGGUAGAUCAACACCUGGAAAAACCAAGCAAAAAGAUUAGUACAUGUUUAUCAUUUUUACAUCAUCAGCACAAACAUUAAUUAGCCAUUUUAUUCUUAAACAAUUCGAACCUUAGAUUAUAAAAUUGUCAGCAAGUUUAAUGUUAUGACUAUUCAUCAAAUAAACUUGUUUAAUACAUUAAAUCGUCACAUAGUUUUAACAUGUUCAUAUGGAAUAUAGCAUUAUGAUAAUUAGUCAAUAACAUUUUCAUGACCUGCAAUUUUGGGUCAUCUUAUAUUUCUAAUAAUCAUUCAACAUAAUUAGGACAUUGCCCAACAAUUGCCCAACAACAUGACGAAGACAUAUGUACACUCUCUGAUGUUAUAGAUAAUAUCGAAAAUAUACAUGAUCAAUUAUCACAAAAUAUAAAUUCGAUAUUUUUUUUUUAAAUUGUCUUUGAUCAUUGUCACGAGCGAAACUGCUCUAAUUAACUUAUUAAUAUACAGGCUACUUAACCAUCCUAGAUAAAAGACCAAAGGAGAAUCAAGAUAUAAAUGAAAUGAUCAAUUUAAUGUACACAACUUAAUAAAUCAUUAUCAUCGAUUCGUUGUGAACAUAGGUAUAUUGGCAAAUGGAUAUUCAAUAAAUAUUUGCAUAUAGAAAUCAUAAAAUGGAGUAUAUGUGCAUAAGAGAAGGAGUAUAAACAUCAUCGAUUGUCCAAGUUUAUGGGAGUAGAUCGAUCUGAAAAUAGGCCUUUAAAAUUAAGUUACCGAAAGUCUUGGAAAGUUUAUAAAGUGCUUGCUCAAACCUCAAUCGGGUAAAUGUGGAGUUCGAAGACGGAAGAGAUCGGCGAUCCACGACGACUACGAAGAUGGACGAUUAUGACGAAGAACAAGUAUGCCGAUGAUCGACGACGAAGAAGACGAGGAACGAUUAUGGAACGAUGAAGACUCGAUUGACGUCAUCAGCGAAGACACGAUGUUUUUCCUUUGCUAAAUCAAACCAUUGGUCAGAGAAAAAGUAAACGGAGUAUAUACAAUAAUAUUAGAUGUUUUGAGGAAAAGAAAGAAAGGGGUACAUCAAUAAAACCGAUCAGACCGACCUGUUAGUUGCUGCAUCAUUGACGUCACUAUCAAGGGGAUUUUAAAAUGACUUUAGAGAGUAGAAAUGAAAAUGAUAACGACGAUAACGGGUUAAAUAUGACAUUUCUUUAUACCCCUUACAAACAAUUCCUGCAGUACUUUAGUGGUACUCUGUUGUACCUGUGUGAUACUUCUGUCGUACAUGACGGUACCACAGAAUUACGACAGGAGUUCUGUGGUAUCACUCUGUGAUAGUUCUGUCAUACUUAUGUGGUACAUGAAAAUUUGAACAUUUCCUACAGUACCUUUAUGGUACUCUGUUGUACUCGUGUGAUACUUCUGUUGUACAUGACGGUAUCGCAGAAUGACGACAGGCGUUCUGUGGUAUCACUCUGUGAUAGUUAUGUCGUACUUCUGUUGUACAUGAAAAUUCUAAAAUAUCCUGCAGUACUUUUAUGGCAACCCUGCGAUACUUCUGUGGUAUAUGAUAUUUUUUUUAAUUUCCUGCAGUACUCCUAUUAAAGGCACUUCUAUGGAAACCCUGUGAUACUUCUGUGGUACAUGAAUAUUUUGAAAUUUCCUGCAGUACUCGAUCCUAAUAAAGGCACUUCUAUGGAAACCCUGUGAUACUUCUGUGGUACAUGAACAUUUAGAAAUUUCCUGCAUGACUCAUUAUAGGCACUUCUAAAAUUCUAUGGCAACCCCAGUGCUGUACUUUCAAAAUUUCCUACGGUACUUCUCAUGCAGCCACCCCAGAAAUAUGACUGAAACUGUAUCACAGACGUUUAUGGUGUAUUUUCUGUGGUACAUGAAAAAUGUAGUUUCCUUCAGUACUUGCACGGAAGCCCUGUUUGUACCACAGACUAAAAAAAGUGUUAUUUCAUGUGAGGGAUUUACCUUUUUUCUUCAGUUUUGGGAGAGGUCAGUAGCGUAUUGGGUCUUAUAUUUUUAGGAGGCCAUAUGGCUUAAAAGGGCACCAUUCAUUUUAAAAAGUACAAUUUUUUUAUGAAAAUUUAAUUUUGUGAUAGCUAGAUUUUGACAUAGGCCCUAUUUGAAAAUUAUAUUUCACCUCGUUUUUUUCCUUUUCUCUAUUUUCUCCUUUCUUUGUUGUGAGACUUUUUUUGGGGUCCGUGGCCCCCAACGCUAAGUCCCAUUGUGUAGGUCUAUAUCAGCGAGGGGGGGGGGGUGGUUAUGCCUACUGAGACUCAGAGGUUUUAAGUUUGAUAGCUUCUAUUUCUACGAGAAAGGGUAAUAUACGUACUAGAUCAAAACUAGGAGCAAAGCGCGAACUGAAAAAUACGAAAAAUUAUUGACCCCCAAAUGGGCAACUUAUAUUUUGAGGACUCUUGUUCGUUUUCAGGUUUAUUUCUCUUUCAUGCGCUCUUUUAAAUUUCAAUUAUCAUUUGUUUUGUUUGUUCGCCACUUAUUUUUCAUAAAAACAGGAUAAAGAAAAAAAAAGUGACUACAUGUAAAAGGGUACGUGUUAAAAUAUACAGGACAAACCUAACACCCUUAGAGCUUAAUUGGUUGCGAUGAACGUAUUCUUCUACUUCAUCCAUCUCUUUCUAACGAUACAAGAAAAUAAUUGAAGGGAAGAUCAAGGCUAGAGAUAUUCAUAUAUCUCAAUAAAUAGAGUAAAAUUCACAGAGCAAAAUUUUUAAAAUUUGAUCAAAAUCGGAUGACAAAUAACGAAGUUAAGUUAAAUUUUAAGGAUUUGCAAUAUUCCCGUGAAACAGUUCUAUUUAGGCAUGUCUCAUGAAUAUUCAUUAGGUGGGCUGAUGAUGUCAUAUCCCAUGUUCUUUUGUACAUUAUAUGAAAUUAGGUUUAUUCAACAUAUUUCUACCAAGAACUUAAACAAUUGGAAUGACAACUGAUUAACCGCAUUAGUUAUUAAAUGCAGCAACUUCAUCACAAUGGAGACACAUUUAUACACAUGUAUUGAAAAAAAAUGAAACAAUCAUAAUUUC